ACAUGGCAACCCACGCAGUUUGCUCGCCGCGCUUUAGAAUCCCCACGCACUCUCCCUGAAGAAAGAACAAACAAAUCAAGCAUUCCAUAGUUCUUAGAUAGGGCACGCUUCUCUCCCUUGCGCCGCCUCACAAAAGGUUAUUGGCCUAUUAUUGUCUGAAGAUGGUUGAUGGCCAUGAGACUGAUAAGAACAUUGAGGUGUGGAAAAUCAAGAAAUUGAUCAAAGCUCUUGAGGCUGCUAGAGGAAAUGGGACAAGUAUGAUUUCCCUUAUCAUGCCUCCACGUGAUCAAAUAUCUCGUGUCACUAAGAUGCUUGGUGAUGAGUUUGGAACUGCAUCAAACAUCAAAAGCAGGGUGAAUCGACAGUCAGUUCUUGGUGCAAUCACUUCUGCUCAGCAGAGGCUUAAACUCUAUAACAAGGUUCCUCCAAAUGGUCUUGUUCUGUAUACUGGCACAAUUGUGACUGAUGAUGGGAAGGAAAAGAAGGUGACUAUUGAUUUUGAGCCUUUCAGACCUAUUAAUGCAUCCCUUUAUCUUUGUGACAAUAAGUUUCACACUGAAGCUUUGAAUGAGCUCCUUGAGUCUGAUGACAAGUUUGGAUUUAUUGUCAUGGAUGGCAACGGUACUUUGUUUGGGACAUUGAGUGGUAAUACAAGAGAGGUGCUUCAUAAAUUCAGUGUGGAUCUCCCAAAGAAACAUGGAAGAGGAGGGCAAUCUGCUCUGCGUUUUGCCCGUCUUCGCAUGGAGAAGCGUCAUAACUAUGUGCGGAAGACGGCCGAGCUUGCUACCCAGUUCUAUAUCAAUCCUGCUACCAGCCAACCCAAUGUUUCUGGAUUAAUACUGGCUGGUUCAGCUGAUUUCAAGACUGAACUUAGUCAGUCAGAUAUGUUUGAUCCUCGACUUCAGGCAAAAAUACUCAAUGUUGUUGAUGUCUCCUACGGAGGCGAGAAUGGGUUUAAUCAGGCUAUUGAACUCUCUGCUGAAAUUCUGUCCAAUGUGAAGUUUAUCCAGGAGAAGCGAUUGAUUGGAAAAUACUUUGAGGAAAUCAGCCAGGAUACUGGGAAGUAUGUUUUUGGGGUUGAUGAUACUCUAAAGGCUUUAGAGAUGGGAGCUGUUGAGACACUUAUUGUGUGGGAAAAUCUGGAUAUGAAUAGGUAUGUCUUGAAAAAUAGUGCUACUGGUGAGGUUGUCAUUAAGCACUUAAACAAGGAACAGGAUGCCGAUCAAAGCAAUUUUCGGGAUCCUGAGAGCAAUGCUGAUUUUGAGGUUCAGGAGAAGUUGUCUCUGCUGGAGUGGUUUGCAAAUGAAUACAAACGCUUCGGUUGCACUCUUGAGUUUGUCACCAAUAAAUCACAAGAAGGCUCACAAUUUUGCAGAGGUUUUGGUGGGAUAGGUGGGAUCUUGCGGUACCAGCUGGAUAUGCGAUCAUUUGAUGAUUUCUCUGAUGAUGGAGGCGUGUACGAUGAUUCUGAAUAGCAAUCAAUGAAAUGCUUCCUACCACUGGUGCAGGAAAGGGGAGCCAAAAUACCUGCACCAGUAUGGGAGUUGGUUGCACCUGCUCCUCCUCCUCCUCCUUGUGUGUCCAUGGUGUUGCAUAGAAUGUUUCAUUGUGAAUCAAGAUACUCUGCCCCCAAGGUGCUCCUUUCUGAUACGAGUUACUUUCUUACUUGUAUUCCUAUCAUUCAGACUCUGGCACCACAAAUUCCUGCAAAGCUUCUGGCAACACCUGCUCUCCUCUCUACUACUAACACCCAGAAAAGCAAGAACAAAAACAUGUACCUCAGAGAAACACUACCCAGAAGCAGUGAUGUAUUUGUUGAACCUGUCUGUGUAUGUAGUUCUCCAAAGUCUUCAUGAAGAAGAUGCUCACAGUCAAAAGGUUAUUCUGCCUCAAGGUUAAUCCAGAUGGUUUUCAAGGGUGCUCCAGCAUAUACCUGGCACUAGUGUCCGAGCCUAUGACUAAAUCUUUCAUGUGUUAGUCUAUCUUUUAAAACUUUGCAAAUUUAGUCGUGUUGAACUGAUGUUCAUUUUGUUUUUCUUAUACUUCACACAUGUUGUGCUUAUAUUGAUAAUAUGACUUCUAUUUACCUUAAUGGUAUGUGAUGUGUUCUUAUGAAAACGUCAGUUUGUUAUUUAAUUGAUAUUAUAAUUUUAUAUCAACUCCCAUGCCAAUGAUAUGGCAUGUCUUUUAUGAA